CAUCCACAAUAUACAAACAACAAACAGUGAUGGAGGAUUCCUUGGCUACUGCACCCCACACUGAGGUAACUCGUCCCAGUUACAGUAUGGCGGCCGCCGGUGUUGUCGCAGGAGGUGGGAUGGCCGGCCAGUUGGGGGGAAGUCUGGGCAGCCAGCUUCCUCGUCUGACGAUGGAGACGGAGCUACAGAAACUGCUCUCCGACGAGAAGGGAAGGGCGGAGAAGCACAAAGUAAACUAUCAGCAGCUCAAGGUGGAACACAUGAGGCUGCAAGACAAAAUUAUCGAACUUGAAGCUGAGAAUAGAUCCACCAUCGAAGAAUCACGCAUUGUAAAGGAUAAAUAUUUGACGAUGUAUGAGGCAUGUAAACGAGACUUGGCUGAGAAAAUCGCUGAAGUGGAGGAGAUGAAAACAAAGAUGAUCACGCCCCAGAGGCUGGAGGUGAUCAAGGCCAACAUUGUGGAUGAGCUGGAGCAGGUGUACCGAGAGCGUACCAAGAAACAGGAAGCGGAAGUGGAAGAAUACCGGUCAGCCCUCAGCAAAGUCCGCUACGAGAUGUCCUUCCUGAAGGCGGAAUACGAGCACACCAAGGCCGACUGUCAGCAGCAGUUGGAGGAGAUGGUGAAACAGCAGGAUAUUGAGCUGAGAAAUCUGCGAGAAGACCGCGACACGGCCAUCAACAAGAUCCAGGCAGAGACGGGCCAGGACUUACAGAAAGUCCGCACACUACAGAGGGAGAACGCUCAGCUACAUCUGCAGGCGGAGCGUGAGUCUCUGAAACGCCAGCUGGAGAACGUCCAGCGAGAACUGACCGCCAGCGGGACGGAGCAGAACAAGCUGCAGGGACAGAUCCACGAGCUGGGCCGCAAGAACACGGUGCUCAAAGGUCACACGGAGGAGGUCAUUCACAGGUCAAAGGUCGACCUCUCUGACCUCAAGAUGGAGAUGCUCAAGCAGAAGGGAGAGGUGGAGAAGGAGAAAGAUCGACUGUCCAACGAAGUGGAAGACCUGAGGAACCAGCUGGACAUAGCAGAGACCAAAGUGCGACAACUCCAGGCGGCACUGGAGGACAAGGAGCGUGAGGCCGUGCAGCGAGUGCAGGCUGCCAGGGAGGACGAGUUUGCCAAGAUGGCCGUCGUGGAGAAUGAAAAGUUCGAACUGGAGACCAAGAUGCAGGAGAUGGAACGGCGUCGUAUUGACGAGGAGAGCCGUCGUCAUGCCGAGCAGGAGAAGUGGAACGAGAGAGUGAGCGACGCACAGGCGGGCCGCGACCAGGCUGAGAGGGAGCUCAUCUCUGUCAAAACGCGACUGAGCCACAUGGAAAACCUCCAGGACCAGCUGGAGCGAGAACGUUCGGAGAACUCCACGCUCAAGUCGCGUGUCCACAAACUGGAGACGGAGCUCUCCACCUUCAACUCGGCGGAGCACGAGCUGACCGACUCGAACCUGCGGCUCAAGAACAGCGCCUCGCUGCUCCGGGAGGAGCUCAAACUGACGCAGUCGCAGCUGGAGAAACUGCAGAAUAAUCACGAGAUGAUUCUGCUCCAGCAGCGCCAGGCCAUGUCAGAAGAUCGCUCACAGAUGGAGCAACGACUUCACGAACUGGAGGACAAACUGGGGCAGUCGCAGACGCGCUACAGUCGCGCCUCGGCUAUACACAAGAAGCUAAAGAAGAAGACGGCCAAAGUGACGGACCACCUCAAGGAGAAGCUGUUGGUGCUGGAGGCUGAGAACACGGAGCUGGACCUGGAGAAAAAAGCUUUACAGAAGUGCGUGCCGGCCGACCAGUACAACCGUCUCCGUAAACAGUGGAAGGGGCUGUGGCGGCGACAUCAGGAGUUCCGCACCAUUCUUUUCUCCAUCCCGUCGUCGGACCUCUCGGCUCGCGGGAAGACAGGAGAGUUCUUCCCAUACAGGAAGACGUCUGCCGGGCAACAGCUGGACGCCUCGGCCAUGUUGAAUCAGAGCGCUUUGGAUAACGAGCUGGAGGAGCAGCACCAGGAAGAUCUGCGAGUGUUGAGGACGCGGCUGGAAGCUCUGGACCAGGUACAGCACCGGCAGCUGGCCGAACUGACGGCCGACCUGACCCCGCGGGAGAAGCGAGAUCUGGGGAAGGACGACCACCAGCCGCUGGACAGACUGGACCUCCACGGAGUAGUGGACACUGACCUGAUGACCGCCACUAGCAAACUUGACCGCCGCGACGACGCUGGCUGUAUGUCUGAGGAACAGGUGUCGGUGCAUUCUGCCGAGUCGUGAUUGCUGGCGAGAGCCGGUGGCAGGAUAUUCUAGGUGGUGACUCUGUAUGGCUGUGUGUCUGUCUGUGUGCUUGCUUGUAUUUUUGCAUGUAUCAUGUGUGUUUGCGUUUCUGUGUCUGUGUGUGCGUGUGUAUGGUUUGUGUGAGCAGAGAAAAUGAGGCUGGAUAUGCUGAAGAAACUUAAUUUGCAUCUCAAACUCGGAGCAAAAUGCUUUUUUAAAUUUGUUUUUUUUAAGUAAAAAGGUUAAAUGUUGUGAGCAAAUGAACAAAAAUGAAGCAGAAACGAAACGUUUUUUUUUUAGCCACUUUGUCUACUGUCAGUGAAUCUAGCCUCAUUUUGUCUGUCUGCAGUUGGCGCAUGUACUGUUUGCAAGCCACACAGAAGCCAAACUAAAUUUGUACCGGUACUUAUCUUUGUAUCUUUACUCAUGGCAAAAAUAGUGACUGCAUUUUGUGAGGGUGUUUUCGACUCAGCAUUGUUUGAGAAGAGAUCAUAGUCUCUUCUGUUGGAAAAUGUGCUCCAAAUUUAUCUUUACUUUAACGAUGUUGAAAAUGUCCGCAAUUGUCUGGCGGUUUUUUCCACCCAUAUUGUUUUUUUAGAGUUUAUACCGUAGUCUUGUCUCUCUCACUUUUUCACUUUUUAAUGACACUGCGUGACUUUAGAAGUUGAGAUUUAGAUUAAUGUUUUCUCUGAUGAGGUAAGGAUAAAACCUUUUCGAGAGCUGAAAACUAUCUUGUACCAACUCCAAUUUUCCAUUUUUAAAGCAAGUCACUUCUAAAAUGCAGAAUUCCAGUCGCCAGAAUAGGACUUGGUACAAAAUGAAACUGAAUUUCUUCCGAACACAGGUGUCAGCCAUAAUAAUUUUGGGCUCAAAGAGAAGAUUUUACAUCAGCCGUGAAAAAAACUUCCUAAAGUGGAAAUUAGUACACAGAGUUAGUACAAGAUAAAUUCAGCUCACUUUUGCCAGGUUUCCUUCCACACUUGCAUGUCUGGGAUUUCCAGGGUUUUGUUUUGAACUUCAUUUCAACAAUCAUGUGGGUGGUUGGAGGGUGCCGCAUGUUGGCAGUAUUUCUCCACUAUCUCUCUGUUGUACUUUUUUCUGCCUGAUUUUUUGUUUCUUCAUCUCAGCGUGACCGUCAUUGUGUUACUGAGCUCGUCAUGGUCGUGUGUGCUUCCUGUACUUACUUUAUCCACACUCUUUGUUGACUUAUAUAUAUAUAUAUAUAUAUGUGUCACGACGUGGUGGAGUCAGGCGCUUGUCAAUUUUUGGGAAUAUGGGGUUAUUGGUAUUUAUUAGA